CAAAUCUUCAGUAAACAAGUGCAGGUAGUUUUCAGACAAGACCGACAGAGCCUCCAGAUCGAGAUGUUGAAGGCGGUAAUUUUAAUUGGAGGCCCCCAAAAAGGCACAAGGUUUAGGCCGCUGUCAUUCGAGGUUCCUAAACCCUUGUUUCCAGUAGCUGGUGUGCCCAUGCUGCAGCAUCACAUUGAAGCAUGUGCCAAGGUACCGAAUAUGAAGGAGAUUUUGCUCAUCGGCUUCUAUCAGCCAAAUGAAGAGCUGAGCAGAUUCCUGCUAAAUGCACAGCAGGAGUUCAAAAUUUCCAUCAGGUAUCUGCAGGAGUAUGCAGCCCUGGGCACCGGAGGGGGCAUCUAUCACUUCAGAGAUCAGAUUGUCUCCGGCAGUCCAGAGGCUUUCUUUGUUCUGAAUGCUGAUGUCUGCUCAGCGUUUCCUCUCACAGAGAUGCUCAGCUUCCAGAAAGAACAUGGAGAACCAAACAGCUUUGUUAUCCUUGGGACAACGUCAAACAGAAAGCAAUCCAUGAAUUACGGCUGUAUUGUUGAAAACGAGGAAACCAAUGAGGUCUUGCAUUACGUGGAGAAGCCCAGCACGUUUGUGAGCGACAUCAUUAACUGCGGUAUAUACCUGUUUAACCCAGACAUCUUCCAGCACAUCGGCACCGUCUUUCAGAAGAAUCAACAGGACAUGCUAUUAGAAGAGCCAACCAACGGCUGGCACCGAGCAGAGGCCAUCAGGCUGGAGCAGGACAUUUUCACUGCCCUGGCAGGACAGAGCAAACUGUACGUGUAUAAAACCCUCAGCUUCUGGAGCCAGAUUAAAUCAGCAGGGUCUGCAAUUUAUGCCAGCCGCCUGUACCUCAACCAGUAUCACACAACUCAUCCUGAAAGACUGGCCUCUAAUAAGGAGGGAGGGCCCAAAAUAAGUGGUAAUGUGUAUAUUCAUCCUACAGCCAACAUUGACCCCACUGCUACGUUGGGUCCCAAUGUCUCGAUUGGCACCGGAGUGACAAUCGGUGCUGGGGUCAGAGUUCGAGAGUCCAUCAUCCUCCACGGUGCCACUCUACAGGACCACUGCUGUGUUUUGAGCAGCAUUGUGGGAUGGGACAGCACCAUUGGCAAGUGGGCAAGAGUAGAAGGAACCCCAAGUGACCCAAACCCCAACGAUCCCUAUGCAAAGAUUGACAGCGAGACCCUCUUCAGAGACGGAAAACUCACACCCUCAAUUACCAUUCUCGGUUGUAACGUCAGCAUCCCCUCCGAGGUCAUUAUACUCAACUCGAUUGUCCUCCCACACAAAGACCUCAACCGUGGCUUCAAAAACCAAAUUAUUCUCUAGUUAAUCUUCCUCACGCUUCUGUCCACUUACUGUCACCGAUGAAGGAUGCAGCUGGAUGGCCGCCGGCGCUGCCUCUGAGUUACUGUAUAUAAGAUGUCAAAAAUGAAGAUAUGGGACAUUCAUUAAAUAGUUUUGAAAGAUAGAUUUUUACAUAUUUGUCCUCGAGCCUCUAUGCAUCAUUGGGUGUCAGCAACAUUAGAGAGAGGCUAAUCACGCAUGUUGAUUCACCUUGAAAAGUGCUGUCAUGCCAGAGGUUUAUAUUGGUUUUUUAUUAACUUUACCGAACUGUAAAAUUAGUGCAGACGCAGUGUAAUAUAUUUGGUUGGAUGUAAUAUAAUGUUAGAAAAGUCUCUUUCUCAAGGGCAUCCUUGACAAACUUGACUUGUUACUUCAGCGUGAGAAGAGGACUGGCUACUGGUUAAUCUUUAGAUGUGAUUAUUUGUGUGGAGCUCUGAUUAAAACCUAUUAGCAUUUUCAUUGUUGGACUCAGAAAUUGACUACCACCAAAAUAAAUCAGCGGGCUUGAGAUUUACAUUGCAAUCAAGUAAUGUUGUCGUCUAAAAUGUGAACUUAGCAGGGGUCCUUGAGACUCUGCCAUGUAAGCAGCAACAGCAGAUGCUUAAAUUGUACAUUUGCAAUCACUGGAGGAACUGCUUCAAUUUAUGGAUACAGCACAUUAACAUUUACUUAUUAAGCCCUGGAGCACUCAUGAUCACUUCAACACUUUUGUUCCAAUUAUUGCAAAGAGAGCGUCUAUUAAGGAGCAAUGUAAAUUGUGAUACUGCAGCAUAAUAUAUUUUAAUCAAGUCUCUUCACAAACUAACCUCCAGUGAAAGGGAAGAACUAGCUGAUGUACGUUUUUAUUCAUGGGGAGUUUAUUUCAGGUUUCAUAUGUAGACGCCUGGGCUAUAAUUGUUGAUUCAGGUGCCUUAGUGCUUCACAAAAUGAAAUGAGGGGCAGUCUUAAAUUCAGUACAACCCCGAAUCUGACAAAGGUUGGAUGGCAUGUAAAAUGUGAAUAAAAACAGAUUGUGCUCAGUUGCAAACAAUCUGAGUUUACAGACGACAGUUUUACGAAGUGUUCCUAAAAAGGAUUAGCAAGUUAUCACAAUUUGUUUUAUUCAGGCUUGAACAUGAAAAAGGUUUCCACUCCCAUAACAGAGAAACUUAUAUUUUUAUGCAGAGAAAUCCUCACACUGGGUGAAGAGCGUGUAAAUCUAUGUUCUAAUAUUGUUUACUGACCACACGACAUGUUGGUCCUUUCUUCUGCCUCUCAGUGGGAAACAUAGUGAGCUCUGAGCAGGUCAGCAGAGGGAGGACAGGCACUGUCUUUGAGGUAUCACAACAGGAAAAUAUAGGGGAAAGAGUGACAGAAAAACCAUCAGAAGGGGAAGGACAGGAGAGGUGACAUGUGACAAAAGCUGGAGUGAAAUCCCUCCCAUCCUGUCCACAUGAAGAGCAUUUGAGCUCGGUGAGUCAGAAGACAUGUCAGCUGCCAGGGAGUGUGUGUCCUCGCCUUUUUCAGUCAACAUGGGUUUUUAAAAGUGAUUUUAGCUUCCCUUCACCUUCUUAGUUUUUGUUAUAGCUUUCUUGUGUGUGUGUUUAUUGGGGGGGAAGGUUGUUUUAAUCAAUUUCCUAAUUGUAGGCUGCUGACAAUGUUGAGAGGUUCACUGAUACCGUUAUUGAUUUAAUAUAGUUUGAAAUAAAGAAAAACAUGAAUGUG